UUCAAAUCCAAAGAUAGAUUAAUGAACAUUAACUACACAUCUAUCACUACUACACAGUAUUAUCAAAUGAAAUGAUAGAUUUAUACUUGUACAAAAAAAACAUUUGAAACUGUGAGAAAGUUGGUAUUUGUUUCUGUUUUUUUUUUAAUACAAGUUCAUUUGGAUUAUUCCUUCAUUAGACCUGGAAGUAGUUGACAAUUCCAGGCCUAUCUCCAUCCUCACCUUCUUGUCCAAGGUCCUUGAGAAGAUAGUUGUCUUCAGCAGCUUCAGAACCAUCACCAGCAAAACAACACGUUUGACAAGUUCCAGUUUGGCUUUCGCUCAGUCCACAACACAGAAACUGUUCUAUUCAGGGUGACAAACGAUCUACUGAUGGCAGCUGACGCAGGAUCACCAGCCCCACUUAUUCUUCUUGACGUAACAGCAGCCUUUGAUACAGUGGACCACAUCAUCUUUCUGGACCGCAUCAUCGGUCUAUCAGGAACUGCAUUGCAGUGGUUUCAGCCCUACCUGUCUGGACCGACGGAAUAUGUUUUGCUGGGUAGGUGUAAGUCCAGGCUGCUCCCUGUCACAUGUGGUGUUCUGCAAGGGACGCUCCUCGGCCUGAUACUGUUCAUCACAUACGGUGGUGGUGUGAAAAAGUGUUUGCCCACUUCUUGAUUUCUUUGUUUCUUUUUUGACACCCAAGUGUUCCAGAUCGUCAAACAAAUUUAAAUAUUAGUCAAUGACAACACAACUGAAUAGAAAAUGCAGUUUUUUAAUUCAACUUUAUUAUUAAAGGAGAAAAGAAAUCCAAACCUCCAUGGCCCUGUGUGAAAAAAUAAUUAAACCCACUGUUAAAACAUAACACAACUUGGAUGAAUUGACAUCUAUCAGUCUGGAAAAUGUUAGCAAGUCAUUAACAAAGCUUUGGGACUCCAGCGAACCCCAGUGAGAGCCAUUAUCCACAAAUGACAGACACAUGGAACUGUGGUGACCCUUCUAGGAGUGGCCGGCCAACCAAAAUGACUCCAAGAGCUCAGCGACGACUCAUCCAAGAGGUCACAAAAGACCCCACAACAACAUCCAAAGAACUGCAGGCCUCACUUGCCUCAGUUAAGGUCAGUGUUCAUGACUCCACCAUAAGAAAGACACUGGGCAAAAACGGCCUGCAUGGCAGAGUUCCAAGACCAAAACCACCGCUGAACAAAAAGAACAUUAAGGCUCAUCUCAAUUUUGCCAGAAAACAUCUUGAUGAUCCCCGAUACCUUUUUGAAAAUGCUCUGUGGUCUGAUGAGACAACCGUUGAACUUUUUGUAGGUGUGUGUCCCAUUACAUCUGGCGUAAAAGUAACACCGCAUUUCAGACAAAGAACAUCACACCAACAGUAAAAUACGGUGGUGGUAGUGUGAUGGUCUGGGGCUGUUUUGCUGCUUCAGGACCUGGUGGAGUAACCUAGUCAAAGUCCUGACCUGAAUCCUAUUGAGAUGCUGUGGCAUGACCUUACAAAGGCAGUUCAUGCUGGAAAAGCCUCCAAUGUGGCUGAAUGACAACAAUUCUGCAAAGAUGAGUGGGCCAGAAUUCCUCCCCAGCGCUGUAAGAGACUCAUUGCAAGUUAUCACAAACAUUUGAUUGCAGUUGUUGCUGCUAAGGGGGGCCCAACAAGUUAUUAGCUUUAGGGGGCAGUCACUUCUUCACACAGGGCCAUGUAAGAUUGGAUUUUUUUUUUCUCCCUUAAUAAUAAAAAGUUUCAUUUAAAAACUGCAUUUUGUGUUCAGUUGUGUUGUCAUUGACUAAUAUUUAAGUCUGUUUGAUGAUCUCAGACAUUUAAGUGUGACAAACAUGCAAAAAAAUAAGAAAUCAGGAACAGGGCAAACACGUUUUCACACCACUGCAUAUGCUACCUCUCAGCUCCCUUGUAACCUUGUUUUUUACUGUAGCACCUUGAGAUUCCACUGGAACUACAAAUAAAAUCUAUUAUUAUGAUUGCACUUUGUUUUACUAGAUAUCAUGGGUUAAAAUCAUUUCGCUUAUGUAAUUACAUAAUUAAUUAAUUAAAAUGUAAUUCACCAGUUUUAUCCGGGUACUCCGGUUUCCUCCCACAUUCCAAAAACAUGCACGUUAGGUUAAUUGCCAGCUCUAAAUUGUAGCGUAUGAAUGCGUAUUGAGUGUGAAUGGUUGUUUGUCUAUAUGUGCCCUGCGAUUGGCUUGCGACCAGUCCAGAGUGUACCCCGCCUCUCGUUCAAAGUCAGCUGGGAUAGGCUCCAGCAUAACCCCGCGACCCUAGUGAGGAUAAGCUGCAUAGAAAAAGUGAUGUGUUGCGCCUGUAGAUGGCAGCAAAAAUCAAAGGUUGUCAAUGCUGUCUUCCACAAAGGAUGCUGUUGCUUCCUCUCUUAAUCCUUGGCUAUUGUGCUGCACACUAAUUAUAGUCUUGGACUCAUGCACGAAGACUACAAUCAUGACAAUUUGAGGCCACUGUUGCCGCUUGGCAGCCUACCAAAGCUUAAUGGCAAUGUAAACAUACUUUAGCUGACAAAUGUCCACAAUAAAUGGCCUGGUGUUCUUUUCCAGGCCUUUUUUGCGUGCUGCCUGUAAUUGUGUGGAAUGUGGUCAGUUGUGUUUUUUGCGCCAGAGGUCACUGACUUUCAUGUGCUUCCUCUCUGGUUGCUGCUUUUUCAUCUGCGGUGCUGCGGAGUCGAGAAGACGAACCUCUUUUCCCUGGGGACCACCCGGCUUUAUCACAUGUAUCGCUGCUUAUGAAAGUGUUACCAAAAGAACUCCGCGUGGGGCUCGUGGAGGGGAAAGCGCACACUGAAUUAUAAGACAAAAAUGUUUAAUGUUCAUUUUAAGCAGCGAAUGAUGUCAGUGUGAAUUUGUGAAGGCCACAUGACUACUUCAAAUGACGUCUAAGAGGCUAACUUUGGCGACAGCAGCUGUGAGGAUUUGGCUUUUGGACUAGCAGGGUCACAUGCUCAAGACCUGGUGUGGAUGAAAUUAUAGAAAUUGAGUCCAGAAUACUGCCAUUAAGUUUGGCCAUUGAAAAUACACUUUGCCAUUGCAGAAAAAGACUGACACUGAAUAAUAAAACACAGAUAAAAUAUAUAUAUAUUAUAUACCUGUAGAUAUUUUUUCAGUGUCCGGCUUCAGAGUUGCCCUUCAUGUCCAUACAAUUUAACAUCAGCAAUUCGGCCUGAGUGGUUGUGUUUGAGAGGUGGGGCAAAGCGCAUAUAAGUUGAAUUUGGAAAACAUCAAAUUGAAGGUGAAAAUCAUGAAGUUGAUAUUGAAAAACAACCAUUUUAUUUUUGUCACUUACAAUUUGAUGGCAGUGAUUUGGCGUGUUCGAGCGAGCAGCCAGGAGCGUGUGCCACUCAGUUACGUUAGAAAAAUGUACAUUUCUGUUUAUUUAGGAGAUGCAGCAUUUAGUUUUCGAGGGCGGUCGCAACACAGAUACAAAAAAUCGAAACAUAUGUAAUAUCCAGAGUAAUGCACAACAAACCCACUGCUCUAGCACUUCCACAGCGCCUACACAAACAUUCUCUUACAAAUGUAAAUCAGUAUGCUUUUUGAAAGUAAACUCCGGGUCAGUCCAAAGACCAAGGUAUUUAAACACAUUGACUCUUUCCUGUGGUGUUCCAUCAAUGGAAUUGAUAAGCAAACCAUAUUUUGUGCCCUCUGAGAACCAGAAUAUAGAGCGGGAGGAGCCACCUGGCGUGGCCUAGAAAGGUGCACUGUAUUCGGGCACACGUGCCGAGCAGCUGGCGUGAUGCCACGGAGGUCUCUGGCAAACCGUUUUGCACUUUUCAAACGCCCCAGGCGUGGUAGCGAUGUGGCGUUUGAGGUGGCUGAUAAGGUUUUUGGUUCUUUUCCCCUCAUCGUGGAGCAUUUGGUACAACUAGUCCACCAAAUGUCUUUGAAACAGUGAAUGUUUGUUUACAAGUGAGCUCAGGGGAAGUUACGGCAGGCCAUUAACAUCACAGGCAGUUAUUUCAGCUAUUUUUAAUGUUAUUGGAUUUAUUGGUAUGACGUCAUAAUUCCCUCACAUCGGCCCUUAAUCAACAGUAUCGAUAUUUUGAUUGGAGAAUGGAUUUUAGAGAAUGAAGAGCUGGUAUCGGAAGUCUUGAUAUUUCACUUCUGGCUUCAUACUUUCCGAGCACCGCAGUCUCCACUUUGCUGCAGUGCUCCAUUUUGUUGCUGCCCCCAGUCUUGGAGACUACAGGAGACCCUCGUUGCCCUCCAUUGCUUAUAGGGUGUCUUUGCGCGUUCAGUGCGCCGUGGUUUUUGCAAUUUUCUGUAAUUUGAACUGAGGCCAGUGCAUUUAUUACGUCGACUGUCUGGUGAAUUCCUCAAGCAGUCAAAAGUGAAGGUGGCCGGGCGCCCUCCCAGUUUUCCCUGCCAUUGUUUUUACUUCCUGCCUGCCCCUGACUUGUGUUGAUGUCAUGUUCAGGAAGAAACAGGGCAAAGGGGAACCCUGAGGGGAAGCAGACCGUUCCUUUGUUCCCAGUAUCCAUUCAUAUGGAUUGUUUUCCUGGAGCGCACUCUUCCCCCGUGACACCACAAGGUGAGUCAGCAAACGUUUUUUGGAAAACAAACAGCGGAAAACGUCCCCCUUCCACCUCCCCACCGUCAUGUGGUGCUAAAAAGUCCUGUCAGAGGAGCCUUCUCCCCCCACAAACCACGCAAAAUUUUUAUAGGUUGACAUUUCUAACAGCUGAUAACGCCUCAUUGUCUUGUCCUUUACAGAGCACGAAGAGAUAGAGAAGGUCAGUUUACCCCCAUUGUCACCUCAUGGCAUUCAUUCCUCACGCUGUAAAACCCAUUUUGACACUUUCUUAUCUGCUGUGUUUGGCGCCCCCUCGCCUGUCAACACAAGCCUCGGGCACCAAGGACAUGUGCACAGCAGACGCCCGCUGCCUGCCAAAAAAAAGACAAUCAACGGCCCGCUUAAGCAGCAGCACUAGAAAAGAAGCCAAUUAAAAGUGACGAAGAUUAUACGGCAAUAAAACUGUGGUAUAGGAAAGUUUGAAAUGAUGAAAUGCACCCAUUGAGCAGGACCACUGAUUGACUCCGCUGCUCCACUGAUAAGACAACAGUGUGUAUUUGUUGGUGGCUUGAUAGAAACUAUCUUUACACACAGCCAGCGGCCUCGCAUUGAGGCUCCUACAGAAAAAAGUGAGGCCUCCGGAUGCUUCUUCUGCCACUAAUUGUAGACGGCCAAAUGAUUGUAGAGCAACGGUACUACACAGUAGCAAUCAGAACCUUUCAAAUGUACGCUCUUUAUGUUAAGAGAACUGUUAGGAGGUGAACAUGAGGGUGUUUCGAAUGCAGGACGUUAGUUUCAUUUAAAAAAAAGGCAAAUAGGACUGAAAAGUCUAGCCUCUUGAGCAGGCUUUUUUAAAGAGGUGUAGUGAAGCCUACUUAUUCCUCUUCUUUUUGUUUUUUUACAAAGCCUUUCAGCAAAUCUCAUGAGCGCUUAGUGGAGCCACCAUCAAAGCCUUGCAUUUUAAAGUACGUGGAGUCGACUGCCUGCCACCAACUGAUUAACAAGUAUUUUUAUGUUAAUUUCUUUUUAUACUGCUGUAAUGAUCAGGGCAAAUUAAAUAAUUAUUUAUAGCAAGAGUGUGGAAAAAAGGACAUACCUAUGGGAUGCAUGAUAUGAUGCUAGGUGGUUGUACAGAGUAAAUAAUAAAUCUAGUGGACAAAGAAGAGAUGCCACUACUUCAAUGACUUUAAGAAGAGAAGACCGGAGAGACCACUGGUGUGGACUCUUGUUCUUUCAAGAUACAACUGUGAUUAGUCUUGAGUAGUAAUUUGAUGCUAUUCCUCUUUGAUUCAAAGGUUAUCUGCCUCACUUGACAAGCUAAUAAGCUGCACUCCCUGAGGGUCUGGAUGUUCUUGUCAGCGCAGCCAGCUCGUUGAUCUUGUUCGGUCGUGAAUUCACGUUUCCCGUGAUCACAGAAGGUACCGAAGGCAUAAAUCUCCACUUCCUUGCUUUGAUCUACGCUCCGGGUUUGCAGCCCUGAUAGGGCUUCUUUACCUCGGUGGAUAAACCGGGAACCACACCGAUGUGGGACCUUGCUUGAAUGUGCUUGAAUAGAAGAGUCUCAAUAUCCAUAGCAUAAAACAUAUUAAUUAAAAGAGGAAAAAAGUAGGAGAACAGAGUUGAAAUGUGAAAUAAAACUCAAAAAAAUUUACUGGCGUCAACUUGAUAAAGCAUCCUCCAUGAUCUUCUCAGCCUGACAGGCUGACUUGCAUCCAAAAGAACUUGACAGUUACUCAUUCAAUACCAAAGACGUAUUUAUACGUUUUUAUAAACCCGGACGCCCGAUCCCAACGACGUAUUUAUAUGUCUUUUACGGAGUUUUUUGCACAAGAGGCAAAAAGAGGUGAUGACCAACUGCACACUAAUAGAUGCCACUGGCACUGCAGUUUUAAGCCAUAACAACGGCCACAAGGUGGCAGAAGUGCAGUUGAUGAUAGGUCGGCAUGGAUCAUUUGCAUGUAUUAACACAUUCGACGGCGAGGAGGAAGUGGAAGCGCAUGGAGGACUAGCGUGCAGAACACUACGCAUUGUAGGGAAUUGUAAAUUGCAUCGCAUUGUAAAUAUAUAAAGAUGCGUAAGGUGCAUCAUUAGAAGUCGAGAGCGUUAAGUGUUUUUUUGGCUUUUAACAUAUGACUAUAGCAGCGGUUAACUUAUUUUUGCACUUGUAUGAGAGUAAUGCUGAAAUGCUGCUCAAAUCAUUGCCUGUAUGGUUCAUAACUGUACAGUUUUUUAAUUGAAUCGUCGUUUUUGCCAGUGUCAUUCAUUUCCCGUUUGAAUGCGUAUUGUCACAGCACUGCUUCUGAGAAGUCUUUUUGGGAAGUUCUUUUAGCAGAAGUGUCGGUUUAAAUGUGACGUCAGCUUGACGUUGAAUGAUUGUAUUUACAAGUAAUUUGCAUGAUCAGAUGAUAGUAUUUUUAGCGAAGCCACUGCGGCUGUGACCUUGAAAGAAUCUUGACAUUGCUCGUGAUGACUGGAUCUGCCUCACAUAGACUGGAACUCACUUGGUGGACGAGCCCAUUCGACGCUUCUCGAUAGGGGGGGUUCGGAGGAAUAGCUUGAGGAUAAGUAGCCACACGCAAGGCAGAAAUGGUGACAAAGACAGCGCAAUCUUUAUGUAGAACUAGUAAAACGGUGUACAUACUUAGUUGAAAGUCCUAACAUGUUUUUUUAGAAGAUGAUGGGCUGUCAUCUCCGCCACUUCCUCUUUUUCCUAAUGGAAAUGUCCUCAGUGGGGUUUGCGUGUUCCAACCUCGCAGGGGGCAGCUGCUCCUGUCUCAGUUCGCCGGGAGACAAUGUGAUCUACUACUUCAACUUUAUUACUUUUUUUUUUUAAACCUCCAACAAUGUUCAUUUGAUUUGACAAAACACAAACGGCGGCUUGAUUUACGUUCGGCUCGUGGGAAUGCUUCUCCGGACUGACAGGAAAGAUCAGAGAGUGCCAGUCUAUUGUGUCAGUAGCCAUCAGGAGACAUGCACUGGACUCUGCUGCUGAUUGUUCUGGUGUCGGAUGGACUGGCUGCUUUUGAGCUGAAAGCCACAAGAUGGCCACUGUACUCCCAGAAGCCUCUGCUGCUAGCGUGGAACGCCCCCACAGAGGACUGUUUCCCUCGCCAUCGCAUUGCCCUUCAGCUGGACCAGUUUCAGAUCGUGGCCUCUCCCAAUGAGGGCUUCGUCAGACAGAACCUCACCAUCUUCUACAAGGACCGCAUGGGUUUGUACCCCUACUAUGAGCCAGAUGGGACACCUGUGAACGGGGGUCUUCCGCAGGUGUCCAGUCUUGUGCAACACCUGGACGAGAUGCCGGUGGGGGUGAAGAAGUACAUAAGAGAGUCAGACGCCAAAGGCCUGGCGGUUAUCGACUGGGAAGAGUGGCGCCCCCUCUGGAUACGCAACUGGGAAGCCAAGGACAUUUACCGGAAACAUUCCCGCGAGCUGGUGCGCCAGAAGAACCCCACCUGGCCGACUGAGCAGGUGUUCAAAGUAGCCCAGCAGGAGUUUGAGAUGUCGGCUAAGAAGUUCAUGCUGGAGACACUGAAGCGGGCCAAAAGCCUGAGACCCAAGCAGCUGUGGGGGUUCUACCUGUUCCCGGAUUGCUACAAUCACGACUACAGGCGCACGCUGGAGAACUACACGGGGCGUUGCCCCGACGUGGAGGUGGCGCGCAACGAGCAGCUCAAGUGGCUGUGGACCGAGAGCACGGCGCUCUUCCCGUCCAUCUACAUGGGCACCGUGCUGCGCUCCUCGGCCUCCGGGCGACAGUUUGUCAGGAACCGAGUCAAGGAGGGGAUGCGCUUGGCAUCGUCGGGCGACGGGCUUGCUCGGCCCGUCUUUGUGUACACGCGGCCCACGUACAUCAACUCUCUGGAACAGCUGACAGAGACAGACCUGGUGUCCACCAUCGGCGAGAGCGUGGCUUUGGGAGCAGCAGGCAUCAUCCUGUGGGGAGACGCAGCCUACGCAAGCAACAAAACCACCUGCUCAGAGCUGGAUGCUUAUCUUCGGGGUCCUCUGGGCAAAUACCUCCUCAACGUCUCCAUGGCAGCAGAGUUGUGCAGCCAGAGCUUGUGCACAUCCCACGGGCGCUGUCUGCGCCGCGACCCAGACACUGAUGUUUACUUACACCUGAACCCCCUCACCCACAAAGUCCAGGCCAGCGCCAGCGGCGAGCUGAAGGUCACGGUCCAGCUCGGCCAAGCACAUACGAUGGGUUUCGGCGACAACUUUCAGUGCCAGUGCUACAGCGGUUUUGAGGGGGAGCACUGCGAGAAGCCGGACCCUCGGUACCACAAAGGGACAGCCUAUCGGGCAUCCGCAUCAACACUGCAGUGUGUGAUCUUGCUGCUCCUUUCUACCAGUGUGCCCAAUGUACUGUAGACUCCCGAGGUCAGGUGUGUUUCAAAUGCUGUAAAAACACAAACAAUAACACAAAGUCAAAUUGCAACACUGCAAGUGGGGAAAGAAGUUCUUUUUGUAACUUUUUCACCUAAAGAGGGCCUGCUGGAAUGAUCGUGUUUACAUUUUUGCUCUGUUUCCUGGUCUCCCCAAGGUGUCAGAUUCCCGUUUCUCACAGCCAGGAUGUUUAUUGAGGGAAAUGUGACGAAUGAGUGCAUGGAUGUCAGUUGCCAAGCGAGAAGAAUGAUUCAUAAGAAGUGCCUGAUAUUUGUUUUUUCCACAAUGAUAUGAAAAUUGGAUAGAUUUUACAAAAGCCAUGGCAGUAUUUAUUUGAAUGUAUUUUGUUCUGUGCCUAAAACAUGACUACUACUUUACUGCUCCUUUAAUUUGUUCUGUGUUGCUCCAUUUAUUCUGAAGAGAAAUUGCGUAUUUCAGCUACAGUUUUCGCUGCAGAUGUAAAGAGCUAAUAUGUGCCACUUUAUAAACACAUGUACUUCCUCUCGCUGUCCUGUCUAAUUAAAAUGCGUGUUGAAUAAUCAUGUUUGUUAGCACUGACAUACUGUUAGUGUUAGCUCCUAUCAGCUUUGUUUUUUGAAUGGGCCUAACUUCUUCCCCCUCCUCAAGUAAUUGCAGGUUGUUGUUAAACCAAGAGCUAUUUUUUAGUUCUAGUUGCGGGGGAAACCACAUAAUAGGAGAGUUUAGUGGGUUUUUUGUUUGUUUUUUACAUCAGCCUAU